UCGAUUUUAAUUGUCGCGUGUGGUCGCAUGCACCUGAGAGUAAAUCAAUUGCAAUUGUAUUGCAUUUUAUUUGGAAUAACGUCCACAAUACAUUUUUUGUAAAUACAGCAAAUUUUUUGGCAAAAGUUCUAAAAACUAUUGAAUAAAAUCGAACAAUAUGGACAAAAACAGUGCAGCGUUGUACAAAAAAAUGCAAACUGAAGUAGAGGCUUAUCAGAAUCUCCAGAAGGCUUGCGUUAAGGUGGUCAAGCAACGAGCACUUCUAGAGAGCCAGUUAAGUGAAAAUAAGUGUGUGCUGGACGAACUCAAAUUGCUUGGGGCGGAAAAUAAAGUCUACAAGUUAUUUGGCCCUGUCAUGGUUAAACAAGAUCUGGAUGAAUCUCGUCAAAACGUGGGCAAACGCAUAGACUAUAUCUCCAAGGAGCUGAAGAAUUCAAAUGAUUCUCUCGAAACCAUGGAAAGGGAUAUGAUGAAGCAUCGUGAAACAAUGACUAAGUACCAACAGCAAUGGCAGGUGGCGGCGGCCAUGAAGUGAACUAUUUAUAUUUAAUAAACAAUGUGUACGAUUUAUGCACAUUUUAUUUAUCAAGCUAGCAGUUCAUUCAAUGAGGGAGCGAAUGAUAUUCAUCCACAUAAAAAAGCAUUUAAAAUAAAGUUGACAGAAAAAUGUG